UGGGUCUCUUGGGGGCGCCCCACCUCUUCUCGCUUAGCUUUUCGUCAUCGUCUAUGCAUCCAUGCCAUCUUUAGGCAACAACAAGCCAUUAUAUAUCCAUCGCUCCCGAUCUCCUUGACCUAUACUCCUCCUAGUUUUUUCAUUCUUCGCUUGAUAGUGAAUUGCUUGGUCACCACAGCUGGUGGCUGGGCCUAUGCCUCCUCUGUCCCAUCUCUGAUCGGAGGGCUGAAGUUGUCGCCGAAGCAUGGAGCUGUUCCCCCCAACCACACUAGUUUUCUUUCUCAUCGUCAUCUGCACCACAAUUCGCUUGGAUCUGCCUCGACUCUGAUUUGCUAAACUCUCUCGAGCUUCUUCGCAUGGCUGCCUGAUCAGUGAGUCGCUACCGUCCCCUAGGGCCCGUCUCCGUCACCGUCACUAAGUGGGCCUUGGUCUCUGCCGAGGUUAUCAAAUUCCUACCGGUAUCCUUAUAUUCCUCCUCUUCUCAUAGGUCCAAGCUAACAUGUCUCUUUAUCUUCCCUCUCAUAUCUAAAUCAUUCAAAAUUGAAAUUCAUGUGAUUUUUCUAUGAUUGAACCAAACACCUCAAAUUCACUUCCAAUAUGGCCUCACUAUUCAUGGCAUUUAAUUAUCAAAAAUUAUAUUUCUUUGUUUUCUUCAAUUAUGCAUUUCAAAAUGAACUGGAUCUCUAAGUAAGUUAAGGCAGGAAAUCAAUGUAGGCUCUGUUUUCCUCUAAAAUGGCAAAAGUUUUGCUAUUUUGUAGCACUUUUUGCCAUUUUGGAUCUAAACACUAGUAGCGAAAGUUGGCAGUUUGGCAUUUGGCAUUUGCUAGUCCAUAGUAGCAAAUUGUGCCAAAAAGUGCUUUGGGACCACUCCCUCUCUCUUUCUCUCUCUCACUUUAGUGCUAGAAAUGACAAAACUUUAACAUGCAUCUAAACACCAACUAGUACUUUUGCAAUGCCAAAACUUUGCCACCAAAACUUUUGCCAUUUGCCAUUAUAAAUGGAUCUAAACAGGCCCGUAUUCCUCGUAUAGAACAGUGAUCCAUGUAUAGAAUUUUACCAAUCCCAUUACUUUGUUCUAAAACAUCUUUGGAUUGGAUAAAACUAAUUUUUCUUGGUAACUGAAAAGUAAGAAACUCUGGAAACCGGCGUCUCGUAGUCGUAGUACCGGCCACGCAAGACCCGGGGAGUCCUCACGCUCUCCUCCCUCUUCGCGCUCACAUGACCCAUCAAUCCGUGACGUGGAAGUGGAUAAGCACAUCCACGUCCUCACGCUAUCCAAUCCUGGCCGUCCGUCCCCAACCCCCACGUCACGUCUUCUCCUACCUAAAUCGCACACGAGAUGUAUAUCACUCUGCUUUUCUGGGGCCACGUAGUUGCUGGACCCACACGGCAGUGUCCAUUUUGUCCGCGCAGGUGCUGCGAGGACAAACCCACCGUCAGUGACUGGAUCGUGUGGGUGACUCGGAGCUGAGCUGGGACCCACUGUCAGUGAAUGGAUCAAGGGUGACUCGGAUCUGAGCUGGGACCCACUGUCAGUGACUGGAUCAAGGGUGACUCGGAUCAGAGCUGGGACCCACUUUCAGUGACUGGAUCGUGUGGGUGACUCGGAGCUGAGCUGGGACCCACUGUCAGUGACUGAUCGUGUGGAUGACUCGGAGCUUGGGUGGCGCUAGGAAUUUUCUCGGGUGGCUUGCAGAACGGAGCACGGGGAUGAACUGAAGAAGACGCGUGAUUAUGCAAACCGCCCCCCGGAAUUCUGAGCUAAUCCCGCACUGUGGCAUGGGCCAGGUUUCGCAUUAGGCCAGAGAAUUUGGUGCUAAUCACACUCCCUGCCAUUGGAGGAUUUUACUCGAACACCACUGGUUCUUGUGCUAAUCACAUCUACACCCUAGCCUCGAGGUGCAGUCGUAGAGGUGGCAGAAUUGAGAAUAGGUGCGAGGAAUGGAGGGCAUUGUUGGAAGAGUGGAAACGAUAAAGCCUUGGGCCGUCUGGCUCGCCUCUCCAUCGCCAUUGCUGCUGCUCGCUCCGCUUCUCUUCUCUUCUCUUCUGGUCUCGCUGUUAGAUUCACCAAGAAACUCAUUUCUUCGCGCAAUUUCUCCUCGGCUUCUCGGCUCGAGAUGUUUGAUCUGUAGAGUGAGGCGCAGAGGUGGGAGAGAGUGCGUGUGAUUGGGGGGAAACUGAAGAGGGGCGAGGAGAGGUAGAGAGGGAAGGAGGCCAUCGAUUUGAUGCGUGGCUCCGGCGAGGCCGUCGCCGUUGCUCGAGACGUCGCGUCGUCGAGCCCGGCGAAACCCCCAUCGGCAUUGGACAUGAUGAGAUUUCAGAGAGUCAGCCCUGAUUGUCUCCCGCUCCCCAAUGGCGGCGGCGGUGGCGGAGGUAGCCGGAAGCCGGCGGCGGGGCCCAGAUCGAGCAAGGACGACGACGCCCCGGCCGCCGCCGCCGCCGCCGACAGCGCGCGUACCAGCCCCUACCUCGCCGCGGCAUCCGCAUCGCUCGAGUCCAAGCCGCGCACUCGCGCUCCUCCUCCGCCGCCACCGGCACCGGCUCCGGCCCCGCCGUCGUCGUCGUCGGCAGCCGCUGCGCCAGGCAGGAGCCCGGCGCGCGAGCGCGAGCGCGACCACGGCCACCACCCCUCCGACAUCUCCGACCCCACCUCCCCGAGCUCCACCGGCGUCGGCGGCGGCGGUGCUGGGGGGAGCGGCAGCGCGGUGCCCGACUCCGCCGUGCUCCUCCAAUGGGGACACAACAAGCGCUCGCGCGGACGCCGCGACGCCUCCGCCUCGUCGUCGUCGGCGGCCGCGCCCUCGCCGCAGCGUCGCCAGGCCGCCGCCGCCGCGGGCGUCAAGAUCCAGCGCCGCUCCUCGGCGCCGGCGGAGAAGCUGAUGCCGCCGCCGAGCACGACUCCCUCCCGCAGCUCCACCCUCCGCGUCACCUCCUCCCUCCCCGCCCGCGGCGGCGGCGGCGGCGACGCCCACCACCAUGGCCGCUCCGCCCUCCCCCACAACAGCAGAUCCGGCGAGCAGUCGGCGGCGGCGACGAAGGCGGAGAAGCAGCAGCAGCGGCCGGCGGCGCACAGGGUGGCGGAGGCCGGUGGGGUGGUCAUGGCGCUGGCCAAGACGGACUCCAAGUAUCAGCACCACACCGGCCAUGGCGGCCACGGCCAGGCCGCCGACCACCAUGGGCCCAGCUCGUCGUCGAAGGCGGCGACAGCGGCGGCGCAGAAGAUCGAGCUGCCGCGGAUCUACACGACGCUGUCGCGCAAGGAGAAGGAGGAGGACUUCAUGGCCAUGAAAGGCACCAAGCUGCCCCAGCGACCCAAGAAGAGGCCCAAGCUUGUCGAGAAGCAAGUCAACUUCGUCUGCCCAGGAAUGUGGCUCUCGGAUGUGACCAGAUCCAAGUAUAUCGUCCGCGAGAAGAAGUCCACCAAGAAGCAACAAAAAUACAGGGGACUGAAAGGGAUGGAGAGCAUGGACAGCGACUCCGAGUGAUCGCGAAAACCCGGAGCGCGACGCACAGAGAUAGCAGCACAAGUGGGGUGAAUUUCGCGUUGGAGCCUGGAGAAAAAUCGCGGAAAAGAGAAACGUAAGAUCAGUAGAGGAGGAAGAAGAAGAGGAGGAAGAUAGGUCAAAGAUGGAUGGCGAUGCAAGCAUGAGCCUUCUUUUGGUUUAGGAGAAAAAAACAAACAAAAAAAGGAUGAUGAAAAACUUUCAUUCGGCUGUUCCUUCGAUUCCAUUUUGUAAAUCUGGGUGAUUAGGGGCGGCUUUUUUUUUCUAA